CAAAAUUUAUGUCUGGAUCCCAACCACCAAAGAGAAAAAUUCUUUCAUAUUACCCUCUUAUGCUUUUUUAUUUUGUUUUUGCUUGGCUUGUAAUUUCUUAUGCAUAAAGAAAAUAAUUUUUUGAAUUUAAUUAAAUAUAUUUACUGUGAUAAAUGAAUGAAAAAAUUAUUAGAAAUUUUUAAAAAAUUUUAUAUUUGUUUAAAAAUUCAAUUUAUUUUUAAAUUAAUUUAAAAUUAUUUUGACAGAAAAAUUUAAUUUUUUUUCUAAAUGGAUGCUAAACGUCAGGGUUAUGUUAAACCAGAUUAUGGAUUGGAUAAAGAAAGGGAGAGGAAAUUGACACACGUUGCUACAAGAGGUGUAACUCAAUUAUUCAAUGCAGUAACUGAACGCCAAGCGUUUUGUAAGGAAAAACUUGAAGAAAUGGCUGGAAAACCGAUGAAGGAAAGAAAAAGAAUUUUGGAAGAAUUGAAGGAAUAUAAUUUUAAUAAUUCAUUAAAUAAAUCUUUAAAGAAGGCAAAAGUUAAAUUAGAGGCAAAAAAAGAAGAAGAAGAAACAGACGUGGGAGCUAUUUCAUCAGGGGUGGAAGAUACUGAUAUUGAAAUUAAAGAGGAGGAAGAAGAAGAAAUUAAUUGA